AUUUCCUUCUCCUGGAUAGGUGUUUUAUUGUAAGGUUAUGGUUUAUUUGGCUAAUCUUAUCUUCUCCAACUUGCCAAUUUCAAAAAUUCCCCCUUCAAAUACUUCAAAGCAAGCCAAUUAAGAGCUCCAACUUGAACAAAAUCAAUGGCUUCCACCGCAACUUCCAAGAUAUGCUUGCAAAACAAUGCUCCAAGAACAAGCUUCUCUUCAUCACCAGGGAAAAAUCCAUUUCAAACUAACCUUAAAUUUCCAUUUCUAUCCUCUCCGAGUAAAAAAGUACGCGUAAAAUCUUCUACUGCGACUAAGUACAAUGAAGUUGUGGAUGAAGAAAUGGACAGAAUUAGAAGGCUCCAAAACGGGUCUGAUGUUCGCGGGGUUGCUUUGGAAGGCGAAAAGGGCAGAACAGUUGACCUUACGCCAUCGGCCGUGGAGGCCAUUGCUGAGAGUUUCGGCGAGUGGGUCAAAAGUAAAUUGGAGGAGGAACGAGGAGGGCCUGUUGAGGAUGUUAAAGUGUCACUUGGUAAAGACCCUCGAAUUUCAGGUGCUUCUUUGAGUGUAGCAGUUUUUGCUGGCCUUUCUCGAGCUGGUUGCUUCGUUUUUGACAUGGGACUUGCCACUACUCCUGCUUGUUUCAUGAGUACAUUGUUGCCUCCGUUCGCUUAUGACGCUUCGAUAAUGAUGACUGCUUCUCACUUGCCAUACACUCGCAAUGGUUUAAAGUUUUUCACUAAGAGAGGGGGGCUUACCUCGCCGGAAGUGGAGGAAAUUUGUGACAAAGCUGCCCGGAAAUAUGCCAAUAGGUUUGCUAAAGUGUCCACUUUGCUGACAACUCCUCCAACGAGAGUUGAUUUCAUAAGCGCUUAUGCAAAGCACCUCAGAGACAUCAUCAAACAAAGAGUUAACCAUCCUUUGCACUAUGACACUCCACUCAAAGGCUUUCAGAUAAUUGUGAAUGCUGGAAAUGGAUCAGGAGGGUUCUUUACUUGGGAUGUUUUAGACAAGCUUGGUGCAGACACUUUUGGCUCUCUGCAUCUCAAUCCAGAUGGGAUGUUUCCAAAUCACAUUCCCAAUCCUGAGGACAAAACUGCAAUGGCUCUAACCAGUGCUGCUGUGCUAGAAUACAAGGCUGAUCUUGGGAUUGUUUUUGACACCGAUGUUGACCGCAGUGGCUUGGUUGAUAGCCAAGGAAAUCCAAUCAACGGUGACAGGCUCAUUGCACUAAUGUCUGCAAUUGUGUUGAAGGAACAUCCUGGUACUACCAUUGUCACUGAUGCCAGAACAAGCAUGGCGCUCACAAAAUUUAUUAAUGAAAGAGGGGGAAACCAUUGCUUGUAUCGCGUUGGUUAUCGAAAUGUUAUUGAUAAGGGUGUUCAUCUUAAUGAUGAUGGCAUCGAAACUCAUCUGAUGAUGGAAACAUCUGGACAUGGGGCUCUUAAAGAGAACCAUUUCCUGGAUGAUGGGGCUUACAUGGUUGUAAAAAUUAUUAUAGAGAUGGUAUGCAUGAAACUUGCAGGUUCAGAUGAAGGGAUUGGUAGUCUAAUAAAAGAUCUUGAAGAGCCACUAGAAACGGUUGAACUAAGGAUGAACAUUAUCUCUGAGCCUAGACAUGCAAAGGCGAAAGGUUCUGAAGCCAUUGAAACAUUCCGAAACUACAUUGAGCAGGAAGGGCGGCUCCAUGGAUGGGAAUUAGAUUCGUGCGGAGAGUGCUGGGUGAGUGAAGGUUGCCUUGUCGACUCAAAUGACUCUCCGGCUGCCAUUGAUGCUCACAUGUACAGGGCUAAGGUUUCAGAUGAAGAACAUGGACAAUAUGGAUGGAUACACCUUCGACAGAGUAUUCACAAUCCAAAUAUUGCUGUAAACGUGCAAUCAACUGUGCCUGGAGGCUGUCUAUCUAUUACAAGAGUUCUUAGAGCAAAGUUUCUCAUGGCAAGUGGAAUGGACAAAGUGCUUGACAUUUCUCAGAUUGACAAGUAUGCAAGUAGUAGCUAGUUGCCUGGGCUAGUAAAGAUGUGAUAGUUCUUCGAAAACUAAUGUUGUUUGAUCACAAUUUCCUCAAAAAAAUUCGCAGUUUAUUAAGAUGCGAAUAUGAGAUGGCCUAUUUUGUACAGAGAAAUUACACUAUUUUCUUCACCCAUAUAAAAAAAGUAUAUAUAAUUUACUUUUUUGACCGUUCAAUAUGUUACUAAGGCAAAACAAAUUUCCUUUUUGAUCCAUAUAAACUCAUAAUUUACUUUA